AUGCGUCAAUUGAUCCAACUGCGAAAGUCUCGUGGCAAACCAACGGACAUAUACGCUGAACAAAAUUAUCCAGUCUAUGAACGCGAAUUACUAGCUAUCAUUCAUGCAUUACGUAUAUGGAGAUGUUACGUUGAAGAUUCAAACAAUUUUAUAACUAAAGAUCAUUGUCAUUCAAACGAUAUAAAUAAUGUGAAAAAAGUAGUAACAGAAUGUCCUGAUUGUCAAAACUAUCGUUUAGACCGUCAACCACAUGAACCAUUAGAGCCACUAUCAGCAAGUGGUCCGUUUGAAACAUGGGGAAUAGAUUUUAUUGGUCGAUUACCUGUAACUACAAAAGGAAAUAAAUAG